AUGACGGGCUCCAAUAUCUUCUCGUUUGCAAGCAUCAAAAGAAAACCGAAAUCGGUCAGAGAUAAUAUAUCCGAUCCUUCGAGCGCAGCGAAGCUCAGGUACAUUGAGACAAAGGCAGUCGACAAUGCAUCGAGGUCGCCGCAGUCUGCACGAGGUCGACAAGCAGAACGUCCUAUGACCACACAGCAAAUUGUGGCAAGCAUCAACGCCUGUGAUGCGAACAGCCAGCACAGUAUUUCGACCUCAGCCAGCCCUGAAUGUCUCCGCAAGCAAUCGACAAGACCAGACCUCGCUGCAACAUCACGGACAAGGUCUAGUCCACACCGAGACCUUCUGAAGAAAGAACAAUCUUCUUCCACCUUACGCUCCCAUUACGAUCGCAAGAAACUGCCGCUUGCAGUUUCUCAGCAGACUUCAGAUUCUUCUGCCCGUGACUUCGCACUACGUAAAGGAUGCCCGCCUGUGAUCCCAAGCUUGCCUCCAGAUGUGUCCUGUCCACCGAAGCCUCACUUCAUCCCUCAGGCUACUCGACAAGCGGCGGCCGAGAAGCGACCCAGCCGUCUCGAUUUCUCCAUGCUUUUCCCUAAACCUUUGCCACGCCAGGACCCACUUCUCUCACCCCAACGGUACACCGACUCUCCUCCUCCGUUGUCUGCAACCUCCGAAAUGCCCUCAAUUGGAGUUCAAUCCCACUUCUUCGCCCACGGCAAGAGGGUGAAUGCCGCUCAAGAGCCGCCCGCCCUAGAUCCUACGCGACUUUUAAGCCGAAAAACAAGGAAGUUGGAACAGAAAUUCGCGAGGACAAAUAUGCAGAAAUCUCGAGGUGGGGUCCAGAAUUGGUUCGAUGGCCUACAAGGUAAUAUCAGUGAGGACGAUGACUAUGAUGAGCCUGAUAUGCAGCCUGCUUUCCUUGAGACCGCCUUCCAGACAGCAUCCGAUAGAGCUCCGUUGGACACUGCUCCGCAACCAAUGAUCGGAUCCUCAAAAAUUGUCUGCCCUGUCCAUGGCCCUGACCAUCACUCAUCCAUCGAUGGGAAGGGUUUGUUCUCGCCAAAGCUCGAACCCCCUCAGGGCAAUCAGCUAGGUGACGCAUUGCACGAGUGGCAAGUGACCAAAGGAAAAUCCAGUGUUGUCGGUCAAUCGUUAAGAAGUGGUUCGACGCUCCUGGACACAGCGGAUCUGCAUGAGCAAAGCGUACUCUGCCUCUCUUCAUCGGACGACGAGGAUGAAAAUGUGCACAAAGUGAAUCAUCGCCAAAUUAAUGAAAAACGAGCACCCUUUCUACGUGAUAGUCUAGGCAUCGACUCUAUCGACUCUGAUGUUGAGAUAGGCACUGCUCAAGCAGUAAAUACCUCCUUUAUGCGGACACACAAGCCGCCUAUGCAGUCAAAAAAUCUCCGAGACAUCUCGUUGGUUAGAACCAAUUCAAAGGUGCAGAAGCCCCAAGCUGUUGAAAUACCAGAUAGAAGUAGCAGCAGGCAAGCCGCUCCACGUUACAAUUAUCCAACAGUACCUUGCACACUUGAUGAUGGCGUUCCGGAAGCCCCCUUUACUGGCCUAGGUGAAUGCCAAUCAGUAACGAGUAAAUGGUCUACCAAAAACGCUCAAAGGGUGAUGCCAGGACAGAGCACGCUGAUGAUGGCUUUGACCCCGCAAGAGGCUUCACUGCUGAAAGCCAUGAGAUCCAAAAAGGCGUCCAUGCGUUACAACACUCAGAUCGAGGUCCACCAGGUCAAAGGUGACAGGGACUCCAAGUCUUCCUCUACUUACCAGCCUUCUGGCAGCCACGACUGGGGCUCUGAAUACACCGAUAGUAUUCGGGCGUCUCUGGAUGCCAACCCGCUCGGGUUCAAGAAAAGUUGCCUUCCAAAAUUGGUUUGGAAGGAGCCAAAUGUGCCUUCAGGCCGAGUGAGCUUGAUAUUCUCCGAAAGUCUUUCAUCGCCAACCACAGGCCGUGACUCGCCGCCUACGCCUACUCUAGACUCGAAUCAAGUGUUGCAUGAUUUCCACCGUUUGGAUCAAUAUAACGACCCUAGCUUGCACACGGUCAAAAUGAAUGAUCUGGGGCCUACGCGCUGCAGGCCUGAAAGCAGCCAACUAAUUGUGCUUGAGAAUUUUCAACCGUCUGAAAAGGAGAGCGUCUGCCCCGAGGAGUAUCCUUGGAUGAUUUCUCAAUUCAAUCAUAGGAACAACUCGCCGAUAAUUCACUGA